AUGCCCACUCAGGAAGAGACCUCAGAGCCUCCGAACCUCCCUAUCAGCUCUUCGCCAGAACAAGCCUCAGCAUCAUCCCUCCCUGGACCAUCGACUAGAACAGCUGUUGAAGCAUCCACUGACAGUCAAGCUCCUACGACAGACGCCGUAGCAAGAUCUCAAAUAGUAAACCCGGCACUCAAGGCACUUGCUGCUGAAGUAAACAAGCACAAGGAGCAGCCUCAGAAACCGCCACCAGACAUUGAAGUCAACAGACUUCCAUCCGCACAAGAGAUCUACGAUGCCAUCCCUAAGGAGGGCAUAGACAUCAGAGACCUGGUCAAGAUGUUCAAUGUUGAUGGAACGAACUUCCAUCUCUUCCUUGAGCUAUUGAAACUUAUCGGUGAUAUCAAGAUCGAAGCCUGGGUGAAGCCGGCGUCCGUUAUUCCCUCCGAUGCUGAGGUUGACAAGAGAUAUAUUGAAGCAAAGAAGCCGGCCAUUCCAAGGAAACUGGAGAAGAACCAAGUAGUCAAGUCGAAGUUGGUGGGAGUCCCACUCGUGACAUGGAAGAAGCGUGACGAGCUUGUGAGAGGUGCCUCCAACAUCCGACCCUCCAAAGUGUACCGCGUCAUCCACGAAGACUCGGCUACUCUUAGUCAUUUCACUGGAAACCUGAAAUUGGGUGAAGGCAACGCCUUCCAAGCCAUCGCUCCAUUCAGCGGCGAACAUGACCUGACUCGGCCGAGAAUUGAGCGUCAUUUGGUGUGGAACAAGAAGAAGAACGAGUCGGCCUACGUUUCUACGUUCAACAGAAUUGAGGACGCCGAGAGGCGACUGAAAUUUCACUCACGCGAAAAUUCUGCUCUUCUAAGACAAAGCGAACGUGUCGGUGAGCGACUUGCAGUGGCUGUCAUCGACACGUCCGAUUUGGUACCAGCGACAGUCCGCACGGAGAUUGAGGAAGAGAUCGAAACGAUUGUGACCGUCACGAAAGGUCUAUUCAAAUGGAAAACCCCAAUAAAGAGCGACAACCAGAAGCGUCGAGUCAAGAUCCCUAUAUGGGUUCACAAGAGCGCAUUCGUUGGACACGAGGAUGCGCAUCAAUCACACUCCAACAACUCGAAGCAACAGGAGCGGAUAUGUGGCUCUCUAUUACGGAACUUCGACGCUGCAGUCUUGACCUCCCCGCUACCAAGGGCCAUCAUUAUGAAUGGCUUGCCUAUCUUGCACGAUGCUGGAGGCAAGCAUCCCGUUCGUAGCAAGCACAGUGCCAGUGAAAACUGUUGGAUAUGGAACUGGGAGAAGUCCAGAUGGUACCUAGACGAUGAUUGGGAGCGUGGAAAAGACGGCGAAGUCCCAGGUCAGAGCUCUACGCACAUGAUAGAAGACCGCGCGGCAUCUUCCAGCGAAGACGACUAUAGAUUCGAAAUUAACGAAGAUACCGUGGCAUACCAUGAAGGCACGCAUCCCGAUGACAGCCGCGACGAUACGCCGAGAAAUUCGAAGAGGAAGACGAACAGCUUCGAUGGUGGUAGCAAAGGCAAACGAGCUCGGCUUGCGAGUACCAAAUCGGCAAUGGACACAGCUGCAUGCGCACAUGAAUGUUCUGACUGGUGUCUCCGCGGGUUCAGUGAUGAAGAAGCCAGGUAUGCGGCAGCCUGGACUGCCAUCGUGGACUCAGAGAAUCAGCGAAGAAUCGGAUGA